GAAAACGAAUGGAUUAAAUGGCUUCAUCCCUGUCUAGACUAAUCUCUCCAUAUGCUCUCUGCAACCAGUUGUCUUUUUAUUAGAAAAAAAAUACGAACUUUGACUAACAACCCCAAUUCCAACUUUAUCCCAAAUCCCACAUCAAAGUUACUUCAAAAUCACCAUUUUAAAGUCGUUCUUGAUUUGAGGUAUUUCGAAUUUCUUGAUCCGGUUGAGUAAUUGAUGAGGAAUCUAAAGAUUAUAGCUUGACUCGAUUUCGCGGGAAAUGGAUCGAACUGUCUCUCUAUUCACCCUUUGGUUUAUCAUCGGGUUCUGUAACUUAUCAAGUGUAUAUGGGAAUGCUGAAGGUGAUGCAUUGAAUGCCCUAAAGACGCAAUUAAACGAUCCUACUAACAUUUUACAAAGUUGGGAUCCGACCCUUGUGAAUCCAUGUACAUGGUUUCAUAUUACUUGUGACCCAUCGAAUCUCGUUACCAGACUUGAUCUUGGAAACGCACAAUUGUCUGGUGAACUGGUUCCACAGCUUGGUCAACUUAUAAAUUUACAGUACUUGGAGCUUUAUGGAAAUAGCAUCUCUGGAAAAAUUCCAGAAGAGCUUGGAAACUUAACAAAUUUGAUGAGUUUGGAUCUUUACAUGAACCAGUUAGAAGGUGGCAUUCCAGACACAUUAGGCAACCUUAAAAAACUCCGUUUCCUUCGUCUCAACAACAACAGUUUGACGGGAACUAUUCCAGUUUCGUUAACUGGAAUCAGUUCGCUCCAAGUUCUUGAUCUAUCGAACAAUAAGUUAACUGGGAAUGUUCCUAUAAAUGGGUCGUUCUCACUUUUCACACCUAUCAGUUAUGCGGGUAACAACAACUUGACACUUCCUCCAGCUCCUCCACAAGCUCCUGCUUCACCUAAUUCUCAAUCUUCUUCUGUCGGCAACAGUGCCACCGGAGCUAUCGCCGGAGGAGUUGCCGCCGGUGCUGCUCUCCUUUUUGCAGGUCCGGCAAUCGUACUUGCUUAUUAUCGCCGCCGAAAACCACAAGAUCAUUUCUUUGAUGUACCCGCCGAAGAGGACCCCGAAGUCCACUUGGGACAACUGAAAAGAUUUUCUCUACGUGAACUACAAGUUGCAACCGAUAGUUUUAGUAACAAUAACGUUCUUGGGAAAGGUGGAUUUGGUAAAGUUUACAAAGGAAGGUUAGCCGAUGGUGGUUUGGUGGCUGUAAAAAGACUCAAAGAGGAACGUAGUCAAGGCGGUGAAUUGCAGUUUCAGACGGAGGUGGAGAUGAUUAGUAUGGCGGUUCACCGGAAUCUUCUCCGGCUUAGAGGAUUUUGCAUGACACCAACCGAAAGAUUGCUUGUUUAUCCCUACAUGGCCAAUGGAAGCGUUGCAUCGUGUUUGCGAGAUCGACCCGCCACACAACCCGCACUUGAUUGGCCGGUACGGAAACGAAUCGCGUUGGGAGCCGCGCGUGGGCUUGCGUAUUUGCACGAUCAUUGCGACCCGAAGAUUAUACACCGUGAUGUGAAAGCUGCAAAUAUUUUGUUGGAUGAGGAGUUUGAAGCGGUUGUCGGAGACUUUGGGUUGGCUAAACUCAUGGACUAUAAAGAUACUCAUGUCACGACAGCUGUACGUGGGACAAUUGGCCAUAUUGCCCCAGAGUAUCUAUCCACCGGGAAAUCCUCCGAAAAAACCGAUGUUUUUGGGUACGGUGUGAUGCUUCUCGAACUCAUCACGGGACAACGCGCCUUUGAUCUUGCCCGACUUGCUAAUGAUGAUGAGGUCAUGUUGCUUGAUUGGGUGAAAGGACUAUUGAGGGAUAAGAAGCUUGAGACGUUGGUGGAUGCGGAUUUAGAUGGUAAUUAUGUGGACGAUGAGGUGGAACAGUUGAUCCAGAGAGGUGGGAGGAGGUGGCAGAAAGAGGAGAUUUUCAGGCAAGAUUACAACCAGGCACACAAUCAGAAUUUUGAUUGGAUAAUUCCGGAUUCAACUUAUAACAUUAGCAACGAACAAUUAUCGGGUCCUAGAUGA